CUGUUUACAGAUAUCCUACCACAAAAUGUCGACAAUUGGGAAGGUACAGAAAAAUUCUUGAGAAGUAUUGUGGAUAUACUGUUGGCGUACAUCCGCGAAGAGAAUGAUCGUAGUAGCAAAGUUUUGGAUUUUCAUCAUCCAAAAGAAAUGGAAAAAAAGAUCGAUCUUACCCUACCGCAAAAACCAUAUCCAUUACAAAAGCUACUCGAUGAUUGCCGAGAAGUACUUCGACUUGGAGUCAAAACUGGUCAUCCGCUUUUCUUCAAUCAAAUUUCCUGCGGUUUAGAUUUGGUAUCAAUGGCUGGCGAGUGGCUUGCAGCAACGGCCAAUACCAAUAUGUUUACCUACGAAAUAUCACCGGUAUAUAUACUAAUGGAAAAGGAAGUAACCAAGAGAAUGAUCGAACUAAUUGGUUGGGAAGAUGGUGACUACAUUUUUGCGCCAGGUGGAGCCAUCUCAAAUCUUUAUGCAAUGAAUGCAGCAAGACACUUCCAUUAUCCACGUGUCAAGCCCCUUGGAGCUUCUGAUGUACCAACACUAUGCGCUUUCACCUCCGAAGAUAGUCACUAUUCGAUAGGUAGUGCUGCUGCAGUGAUGGGUAUCGGUACUGAUAAUGUGUUUAACAUUCCAACUGACUGUUUUGGUCGCAUGAUCCCGGAUGCAUUAGAAACCAAAAUUAUACAAUGUAAACAAGAAGGAUACCUGCCAUUUUUCGUUGCUGCAACAGCCGGCACCACUGUUUUCGGAGCUUUUGAUCCUAUCCCUCAAAUAGCUGACAUUUGUGAACGACACAAAAUUUGGUUACAUGUCGAUGCUGCCUGGGGAGGUGGCUUACUCUUGUCCAAGAAACAUCGUUAUCGACUAAAAGGGAUCGAACGAGCCAACUCAGUGGUUUGGAAUCCUCAUAAGCUAAUGGGUGCUUUGCUACAGUGCAGUAUUUGUUUUAUCAAACAAGUUGGCUUACUGUUUCAAACUAAUCAGAUGUCUCCAGACUACCUUUUUCAACAAGACAAACCAUAUGAUGUGAGCUAUGAUACAGGAGACAAAGCGAUGCAGUGCGGACGGCACAAUGAUAUUUUCAAAUUAUGGAUUAUGUGGAGAUCAAAAGGUAUGGAUGGAUAUGAGAAGCAAAUUAACAGGCUUAUGGACUUGUCAGAAUAUUUUACAGAAAAAAUUAAAAAAACUGAGGGUUACGAGAUGGUUAUUAGAGAUCCUGAAUACCUUAACAUAUGUUUCUGGUAUGUCCCGCAAGGCCUCCGAAACCUUGAUCAAAAAGAAAAAAAGGCCAGGCUAGACAAAGUGGCUCCGAAGAUAAAAGCAAAAAUGAUGGAACGAGGCACAACUAUGGUUGGGUACCAACCUCACAAACAACACCCCAACUUCUUCCGCAUGAUUAUUUCCAGCCAAGCCAUAACAGAAGCAGAUCUAGAUUUCCUUAUCCAGGAAAUUAUUGAUAUUGGCGAAAAUCUUUAA